AUGAUGGAUCAGAGGCAGAUUUAUCCGAAUCUAUCCGAACUUUUGUAUCAGAACGACAAAUUCGGUGAAAAUUACGCCGAAAACGAGCGUUAUGCCGACAACGAUAAUUCGCGGACAUCGCAAUCGCCGCCAGUGUCUUUGGAGGAGGAUGACAGCCAGUCGUUUGGCGUGGAUUUGACUGGCAAGGCCACCAAUUUGGCUGGCAAGUCGUUCACAAUAGCUGCUAUACUAGGACUGACUGGGGGUGAUGAUGACGUCAUGAACCUGAGCGUCCAGGAGAGAUUUCAGAAUCAAAGGCAGUUGCAGAACUACCUAUACGCUGGACAUGAAAUGCAGAGGAUCAAUGAUGGUUUCUGCAGAACUAUGGUUGGUGUACCGUCUUCGUUACGGCAAGACAGCCCAAGACCAGAGCUACGGCAGGUUAGCCAGUUGAAGCCAAGAACACAAACUAUAACUUGUGCUAAUAGUUCCGGUCGCAGUAAGCGCAUCCGGACGAUCUUUACGCCGGAGCAGUUGGAACGCUUGGAGGCUGAGUUCGAGAGGCAGCAGUACAUGGUCGGCCCGGAGAGACUGUACUUGGCACACGCACUACAACUUACAGAGGCACAGGUGAAGGUCUGGUUCCAGAACCGGCGCAUAAAAUGGCGGAAACACCACCUGGAAGUGACGCAGCAGCGGCUGGCUGUACUGCAGAGGCACAGGCCCGACGAGAGGGACGACGUAUAG